UCUUUUCCCGCCAACGUAACCUAUUUGGCCUUAGUUCCGCCCGCUUUUUGUUCCAAUUCCUACUUCUCUAAAUUGCUCUGUUAUCCUCACUCGCGGGCGCUCUCUCUCCCUCUCUCUCCCUCUCUCUCCCUCUCUCUCCCGAUGGCGAAUUCAGUGACUCCAGGAGCAAUCUCGACUCUUCUUUCCAACCCUUCGCCCGAUUCUACGUCAGAGACUGGGCAGAUAAUUGUGCAAGUCGUCGAUCUGAAGCCAAUUGGUAGCAGCACCACCCGUUUCACCUUUAUGGCCAGUGAUGGUAGCAUGAGGCUCAAGGCCAUGUUACCGACACAUUUUUCCUCUGAAGUCAAUUCUGGAAAGCUUCAGAAUCUUGGCCUUAUUCGCAUUCUAGAUUAUACAUGCAAUACCAUCCCUAACCAACCUGAUAAGGCCUUGAUUGUGACUAAAUGUGAGAUUGUUUCUGCUGCACUUGGUUCUGAGAUCAAAUGUCAGACCGAGGAGACAACAACACUGUUAAAAUCCAAACAAGAAAUAGUGCCAAAAUCCGCAGCACAAAUUGUGCAUGAGCAGCGUAUUAAUGCUGCUCCUGCCGCUCGUUUGUCGAUGACUAGAAGAGUCCAUCCUCUUUGUUCCUUGAAUCCCUAUCAGGGUAACUGGACCAUAAAAGUAAGAGUGACAAAUAAAGGUAAUUUAAGAACCUAUAGGAAUGCCAAAGGGGAAGGUCAAGUCUUUAAUGUAGAACUGACAGAUGAUGAUGGCACCCAGAUACAGGCUACAAUGUUUAAUGAAGCUGCAAAAAAAUUCUACCUGAAGUUCGAUCUUGGCAAAGUUUACUACAUUUCCAAAGGAACACUGAGGCUAGCAAACAGGCAGUUUAAAACUGUUCAAAAUGAUUAUGAGAUGAACCUGAAUGAAAACUCUAUAGUUGAAGAGGCACAAGGGGAGAGUGCUUUCAUCCCAGAAACCAAAUAUAACUUCGUGAAGAUUGACCAAUUAGGGUUAUAUGUUAAUGGCCGGGAGAUUAUAGAUGUUAUCGGCGUGGUUCAGAAUGUUUCUCUAACUUUAAGUGUUCGAAGGAAAAGCAAUAAUGAAACGAUUCCUAAGAGGGACAUAACUCUUGCAGAUGAAUCAAACAUGACUGUUGCUGUGUCUUUAUGGAACGAUCUUGCUACUACCAUUGGCCAGGAAUUACUGGACUUGGUUGAUACUGCGCCUGUUGUAGCAAUUAAAGCACUUAAAGUUGGAGACUUCCAAGGUGUAUCUCUGUCAACGCUCACCAAAAGCACCGUGCAGAUUAAUCCAGAUUUGCCGGAGGCAAAAGCACUUAGGUCUUGGUAUGGCUCCAAUGGCAAGGAUGUAACAAUGGCGCCCAUAGGUUCCACUUUGAAUUCCAUCUCAACGAGGACUGGACAGAGAUCUAUGUACUCUGAUAGAGUUUUCCUAUCUCACAUUAUUAAUGACCCUACGUUAGGCCAAGAGAAGCCCGUCUUUUUCAGCAUAAAAGCUUAUGUCAGCUUUAUCAAGCAAGAUCAGACAAUGUGGUAUCGUGCUUGUAAGACUUGCAAUAAGAAGGUAACGGAUGCUGUAGGAUCUGGGUACUGGUGUGAAGCAUGUCAGAAGAAUGAUGACCAAUGCUCUUUAAGAUAUAUAAUGGUGAUGAAGAUUUCAGAUUCAUCAGGUGAAGCUUGGGCUUCUGUCUUCAAUGAGCAAGCAGAAAAAAUUGUUGGUUGCACUGCUGAUGAACUUGACAGGAUAAAGUUUGAGGAGGGAGAGGAUAAAUUCCAGCUCAAGCUAAAAGAAGCAACAUGGAUUCCUCAUCUUUUCAGGGUAAGCGUCUCGCUAUCUGAGUAUAUGAAUGAGAGGAGGCAAAGGAUAACUGUUAGAGCCCAGGCACCUAUAGAUUGCUCUGCUGAAAUAAGAUAUAUGCUGGAAGAAAUCUCAAAGAUCGCAAUUUCUUAAGUUCGUAUGCUGGAGUCAUCAAAUUGAAGCAGUUGAAUGGAAAUGAGCUCUUUUACCUUUAGUGGUAAUAUAUUUUAUGGAGAAGCUAACAACAUUUUUCUCUUUAAGAGAUUUUGGCUAUCAUUUGUUUUCUAGGUUUGUGGUAUUAAUGUUUAUAGAGAUCCAACUAUUUAAUGCAACUAAGAAAU